AUGAUCACCGUCUUAGAUGCCACUGUCGGCGUACUUGCAAUAUACAUCAGCUACAGGCUGUUCAAGCAAAACCUUCGCGCCCUCCCCCGUCCACCGGGGCCAAAGGGUUAUCCUAUCGUAGGCAAUUCGCUGCAGAUUCCAUCUAAUCACCCAUGGGAGAGGUAUAUGGAGUGGGCCAAGCAAUAUAACAGUGACAUUAUUCGGCUUAUCGCUCCUGGAAGCGAGAUCAUUAUCGUCAGUUCGAUGGACAAAGCUGUUGAUCUCUUUGAGAAGAGAUCCGCAAUAUUCUCGGACAGACCAUAUCUCCCAAUGAUUUGCGGAUUGAUUGAGCUAUCCCGUUGGAACCUAGCUCUGAUGCCCUACGGAGACCUAUGGAGAGACACGCGGAAGGGAUUUCAUCGGUAUCUCGGUUCGCAGGAGAUGACAUCUGUCCGCCCGAAGGUGCUCGAGUACAAUCAUAAAUUACUUCGGAAGCUGCUUUCUGAGCCGGCCGAGUUUCUUGCGCACGCUCGCGCAGCUCCGGGGGCGCUGAUAUUAAACGUUGCAUACGGAUUCAAGAUCGCAGACUCAGAUGAUCCCUGGCUUCAUCUUGUGGACUCCGCAAACGAGGGACUCAUAGCUGCAGCCAUCCCGGGUGCAUUUCUGGUGGACUUGCUACCAUUCCUGAGAUGGGUUCCAGCAUGGUUCCCAGGAGCUGGAUUUCAACGUACGGCCAGAGAGCUAAGAAAACUCAAUGCAGACGUGUAUACCUUGCCAUACGAAGAUGUGAAACGCCAGAUUUUACACAAGGGAUCCGCGCCUGAAUCAGUCACGCAAGCUAUGCUUUCGGGUCUCGACGUGACCAACAUUACCGAAUACGAAGAACACUGUGUGCCUGGAAUCAUGUUCUCCGCUGGAGCAGACACGACCGUAGCUUCGUUGAAAACAUUCCUCUUGGCGAUGAUUAUGUACCCUGAUGUGCAGCAACGUGCACAGGAUGAAAUUGAUGUUGUACUGCACGGUGAACGACUACCGAACUUUGACGAUAUGUCAACCAUGCCAUAUACGACAGCGUUGAUGAAGGAGGUAUUAAGAUGGCAUUCUCCCACGCCGCUGGGUGUCGCAAGGAAGAACACCGAAGACGAUGUAUACGAUGGAUGCUUCAUCGCAAAGGGUAGUAUCGUAAUACCCAAUGUAUGGGCGAUAUCUCGAGACCCAAAGUUUUAUCCAGGUGAUCCUGACUCUUUUAGACCUUCGCGCUUUCUCGAUGCAUCAGGUCAAUUGGAUCCUUCGGUGCUGGACCCGACUGAGUUCUUCUUUGGCUUUGGUCGCCGAAUCUGCCCCGGGCGUUAUCUCGCUCAAGAUUCGAUGUGGAUCAUGAUGUCCUCGAUCCUGGCAGUGUUCAAGAUAUCCAGGCGGAAGGAAGACAUUGGGGUGAACCUGGAGCGGUACACUACCGGUAUCAUCAUAUCUCCGGAGCCUUUCGAGUGUAUCAUUGAACCGCGGUCACCCCAAGCGGAGCAGCUAAUACUGGCACAGGUGGAAGCAUUGUAA